UCCAAGGAAAGUUUAGCAACGGAAGUUACCUAUUGGUGGCGAGCUACUUAUUAGUAGGAUUUCUGCUUCGGCAUGGUGUCUGUCUUGUGGGUCAUGGGAAUUGGGAAUCAUGCUUUAGAUGAACAAGGCAUCAGCAAUGAUACCACGCUCACAAGUUUCAUUCAAACUUGGAACAUUAUCCUGGUUCGCGAUUCAGUAUUAUUCAAGCGGAUGUUUUUUAGAUAAUGUAAGUACAAGUCAGACGAUUUACCUGUAACUACAAAGAUGUGCCGCGCGCGUUAAGCAACUUAGUGAGCUCUAUCUCUUUGCGUAAGCGGCAAUGUUCGGUUAUGAUUGACUAUUGAGGGGGGUUACAUGUACACUUCUCCAGUUUCAAUUGUGGAUAGCACCUUACACAAGUCUCCAAGACCUACAUUUCUGCAUCGAUGGCUUCAGUUCACCUCCUAGCCAAGAUCUCUUGUUGAAGUCAUCUAAUUUGCACAGCUGGCCAAAUCUACGCUUGAUAUGACCUCUUCUGUAACAAAUCAUUCACUCAUGCUGACCUGCCAUACUUAUCACGGUUUCUGCCAUUUCUAAUCCGCUUCUUGUCUGCAGGCCUGCGGUGAUGGAAGACCAACCAAAUGCUGCAAUGGCGAGCCUUGGUCUAAGGGUGAAAGCAAACCUGGUUCUUGGAGCAGAAUCAUUUGCUAUUAGUUCAGAGUCCGGCAUCCUGUCGGAGCAGCUGGCUGCAAUGAAGGAGAAGAGCAUGGUGAUCCUCAAGGAGUACAUCACCAAGCAUAAUGCUCCAAACGAAUCCGAGGACGAGGGUGAAACCCUUGUCAACAACCCACCAAAGAAAUCUAAGAAGCAGAAGUGAUCAUCCUGAUUUCAUCGUAUUCAUUGUGCUUCCUGUAGUCUUUCUGCAGUUGCACUGCCGAAGAUAGAACAUACUGCUGUAUCUUUAGCUAUGAUUUUUAACCCAGAGAGACCAGAGUAUUGUUGGGCACAUCCUGCUAGUGUAAGAUCAGAUUGUUUUUACUUGUUAGGCACGUCAUGCUGGUGUAAGAACUUGCUGAUCUUAUAUGUG